CCUUGGUGGGCGGUUGCGGCUGUGGAGCUUACACGAUUCUUCCUCGCCCUGUACCGCCGUUGAGAGUACCUCCGCGGCGUGGAGCGAGAUACACGUACGGCACGAUUAUGCCAUCGAAGGUUCUGGCUAGAGCUGCUGCAACCUUUUGGUUGAUGGCUGUGCUACUGGGUGGCCAGGCAAGCUCGGCGGCCGGUGCCCUAGAUGCGGGUGGAGAGGAAUGCAGGACCGUCCCGCAGCUGCCUUCGCACGUGCAGCUCAACAACGGGGUCAGCAUCCCGAGGAUAGGUUUUGGCACCGCCGGGCUCGGGCAAGCGACAGAAGAGGCGGUCGCAGUGGCCCUGACGGCGGGCUAUCGGCACAUUGAUACGGCACAGGCCCAGGAAUGGUACAGAGAAGGGGCUGUUGGCAGGGCGCUCAAGCAGGCGACUUCGACGAAAACAGAUUUGUCGCCAAGGGAAGAAAAAGGAGAAUCGUUCACAGCGAUGUCGGGGGCGACGCUUUUGCCUAGAGAGCACGUGUUUGUCACGACUAAGAUACACCCGAGGGAUUUCGGCGCCGAGCGGCUGGGUGCCAUGGUGGAGGCCUCCAGCAGCAAUUUGCAGGGGGUUGACCUGCUCCUGCUUCACGCCCCGUUUUGCUGGCCGGGGUCGUGCCCAGUCAACCCGGCCCCGUGGCAAGAUGCUUGGCGACAGCUGGAAGACCUAUACUCCAAGGGAGCGGUAAGGGCUAUCGGGGUUUCGAACUUCUCGGAAAGCUUGCUCCGAGAAUUGCUAGGGAUGGCGACUGUCGCCCCCGCGGCGGUGCAGAAUUGGAUGGACCCGUUUCACCAAGACAGGGCAGUGCGAGCGCUGUGUGCCGAACACGGGAUUGCUUACAUCGCCUACAGCACCCUAGGUGGACAGUGGGCACACCGGCCGUCGUCUUCAUCGUCCCCAAACCCGGUUUCUACCGACCCCACCCUCAUCACGAUCGCCUCGGCGCAUGGCACAUCAAUACAGACGGUGGCGCUAUCGUGGGCCCUACAGAGCGGGGCGAUCAUUCUCCCACGGUCGUCAAACCUAGACCGGAUCAAAGGAAACCACCAAGCUUUCAUGAAAGUUGAUGGUGCCUUUUCCUCCUUGAGAGAUAGAGGUGACCGGCAGUCGGGGGAUGUCGGCGAUGGUGGUGACAGUGCGAAGCAACGGUGCGGCACAGCAGGAGAGUCCAAUAAUGGGGUAGUGGUUGAAGUAUUUUUGACAGUUGAUGACAUGCGUGCGGUGGAUCGUUUGGAUGGCAGCAUCGGAAACUGA